AUGGGCGGCCCUCACCGAGUCUAUCUUUUUGGUGAUCAGACAUUCGAUAUUGAAGAUUCUCUUCGCUCUUUGCUUCGAUGCAAUGAUACGCUUGUCGUCCACUUCUUUCAAGACGCCUACCGCGCUAUCCGUAGAGAGAUUGGCCGCCUCCCACCGCACGCUCGCGAUGUCUUUCCUCGGUUCAGCAGCGUCGCCGACCUACUUUCGAGGCGACAGACCGGCUUCGUUCAUCCGGCUGUGGAGCAGUUCCUUUGUCUUUCGCACUCACUCGCAACUUUCAUCAGGGAUCACUCGGAUGGCGACUUUUUGUACCCAUCGCCAGAAUCGACGCAUUUGAUAGGACUAUGCACUGGAUCAUUGGCAGCCGCUGCCGUCAGUGCAUCUCGCAAUUUGCUCGAACUGGUGCCAACUGCUACUGAAGCCCUCCUGGUUGCUUUCCGCAUUGGUAUGCGAACUUCGCAGCUUGCCUCCUCGAUAGCAGGCUCUAGCGAGGAUGGCAAAUGGUCCAUGAUUGUACCAUCAUCCAGCAAGGAUGAGCUUUCAUUGCAAAUAGCUCGUUUUGUGGAACAAAAGGCCUUGACGCCAGCAUCUGCCCCUUAUAUCAGCGCUGUAUCGUCGACCAACGCUACAGUCAGUGGUCCACCACGGGUCCUCGCCGAGUUUCGACACCACAUCAGCCUCCAUUCUGGCGUUGUCGAACUUCCAAUCUACGGCCCCUACCAUGCACCGCAUCUUUUCAGCCAAGACGACGUGCAUUCUAUACUUGGAGAUGCAGGCUACAGCACACCUCAAACCUCUGGUAUACCCGUGCUCAGCAGCGGCACAGGUCAGCCAAUCUGGGCAAGCGGCCUCCGCCGAUUUUUGGAAGAGGCCACAAAAGAUGUCCUGCUUCGACCCAUUGUUUGGGAGAAGGCCAUCGACUCACUGACGAUUGUGCUAGGUAGCCAGUCAAAGGGUGAAGUCCAACUGGUGCCGGUCGGUACCGCACAUGGCGAGUCAAUCCGCCGACGACUGCAGCAGACUAUGGACUCCAUGAAUGUGGUCACUCAACUGAGCUUGUUGCAGCCGUACUCAUCGGCUGCUGGUAAUACCCCUCCCGUUACAGAGCCCCGUUGCGGUCGAUCCAAACUGGCUAUUAUUGGUACCAGCGGCCGCUUCCCGGGCGCCUCCAGUCCUGAAGCCCUUUGGAAUUUGCUCAUGCAAAAGAAAGACAUGUGCAAGGAAGUUCCAGCUUCACGUUGGGACGUCGACGCCCAUGUUGAUGAUUCUGGCAAACGCAAGAAUACCAGCAAGGUUCGCUGGGGCUGUUGGCUUGAGGAGCCCGACCUUUUCGAUGCCAAGUUCUUUUGCAUGUCUCCACGCGAGGCUCCACAAGUCGAUCCAGCCAUGAGACUUGCACUGCUCACUGCAUACGAAGCAAUGGAACAGGGAGGAGUAGUCCCUGGAAGAACCCAGUCCACACGUGAAGAUCGCGUUGGCGUAUUCUUUGGAGUCACCAGCAACGAUUGGUGUGAAGCUAACAGCGCUCAAAACGUGGACACUUACUACAUCCCUGGCGCUAACAGAGCCUUCAUUCCAGGACGUAUUAACUACUUCUUCAAGUUCUCUGGCCCCAGCUAUGCAGUUGACACAGCCUGCUCGUCUAGUCUGGCCGCCCUUCAUGUCGCUUGUAACUCGCUGUGGAGAGGCGAUAUCGACAUGGCCAUCACAGGAGGAACGAAUUUACUGACAAACCCACUGAUGCAUGCUGGUCUGGACCGAGGCCACUUCUUGUCUCCUAGUGGAAACUGCAAGACCUUCGAUGCGAAUGCUGAUGGGUACUGCCGUGGUGAAGGGGUAGCCACAGUUAUCCUGAAGCGCCUCGAAGAUGCAAUCGAAGACGAUGACCGCAUCUUGGGAGUUGUAUCGGGUGCGUACACAAACCAUUCGGCCGAAGCUGAAUCGAUCACACGGCCCCACGUUGGUGCUCAGAAGGACAUCUUCGAGCGUCUACUCAAUGACUCUGGCACUUCCCCGUACGAGGUCAGCUAUGUCGAGAUGCACGGUACGGGCACCCAAGCAGGAGAUUCUCGCGAGAUGCAGUCUGUGUCGGACGUGUUCGCUCCUGAAAAGGCUACCAGAAAGCGAACAGCUGACCAGAGCCUAUACUUGGGGGCAUUGAAAGCAAACAUAGGCCAUGGAGAGUCUGUGUCCGGCGUCAGCGCAUUGAUUAAAGUGCUCAAAAUGAUGGAGCAGAAGAUGAUCCCGCCAAAUUGUGGAGUCAAGACCGAGAUUAAUCCCAGGUUUCCUACCAACCUCUCUGAAAGGAACAUCCACAUUCCCGUCGAGCCAACACCAUGGCGAGUUCCGGCAGGCGGAGUGCGGAAAGCAGUGAUCAAUAACUUCAGCGCUGCUGGAGGCAACUCUUCAGUGCUGGUGGAGGAAUACCACCCACAACUCGCAGGAGCUUGCACAAACGACGACUUGGCCGAGGGAGGUCGCUUCUACCCUGUCGCGGUCUCCGCAAAGACCCCAAAGUCGCUCCAGGGUAAUUUGCGAGCAUUGGUAGACUUCAUCGCGGAGUCGAGAGGCAACGGCCUUCAGCUGCCUCAGCUAUCUUACACCACAACUGCGAGACGGCUUCACCAUCCCCACAGAGUCAUCGUGUCCGGAUCCAGCCUUACUGAUAUCAAGACCGAGCUUCAGACUGCUCUUGCUCAGGAGGUUGGCAUGAAACGAGCUAUCCCGGCCAAGACCAUGCUAUUUGCAUUUACUGGUCAAGGCUCGCAAUACCCUGGAAUGGCCAAACAGUUGUUCGAGAACCAGUCCGUGUUCCGCAAUUCUCUCACUCACUUCGACGCUCUGGCACGCACUUCGGGCUUCCCUGCUAUCCUUCCACUCUUCACGGGUUCAGCUGGAAACGACAUCUCUGAUUACAGCCCGACAGUGGUUCAGCUCGCAAACACCUGCAUGCAGAUUGCUCUAGCCAAGCUGUGGAUGUCUUGGGGAAUCACUCCAACAGCAGUGGUUGGCCAUAGUUUGGGCGAGUAUGCAGCGCUCAACAUUGCUGGUGUCCUGUCCGAUCUCGACACAGUCUACAUCGUUGGCCAACGAGCCAACUUGCUUCAGCAGAAAUGCGCCAAGGGAACCCAUGCAAUGCUCGCCGUCCUCACAUCAGUAGCCAAGGUGCAGCAAGUCGCUCAGGGGUCCGCUUUCGAAGUCGCGUGUAUCAACGGCCCAGACGAGACUGUGAUCGCCGGUACAAUCGAUGAGAUGACGAGACUUCAGCAUAACUUCUCGGCCGCUGGAGUGAAAGGUACUCUUCUGAGAGUGCCAUAUGCAUUCCACUCGGCGCAGAUUGCGUCAGUCAAAGACGACAUCUUGCAGGCUGCUCGAUGUUGCAACUUCCGGGAGCCGCAGAUUGCAGUUCUGUCGCCGCUUUUGGGCUCAGUCGUCCAGGAUGCUUCUACAUUCGGGCCAGAGUAUAUUGCUCGUCAUGCUCGGGAGACUGUCAACUUCCUGCAAUGCUUGCAGGUCGCCUCGGAGAAGGGCAUUCUGGGAGACUCUACCUAUGCAAUCGAAUUCGGCCCUCAGCCAGUGGUGUCUGGCAUGAUCAAAGCUGUUCUGGGCCCAAGAAUGACGACGCUUCCAACACUCAGACGUAACAAGGAUUGCUGGGAGACGUUGACGCAGACUCUGGCUGCACUGUUUGCCACUGGAGCAACCAUCAAGUGGGACGAAUACUUCCGCGACCUGCCUUCAGCAAGGAAAGUCAUCGAUCUGCCGAAGUACUCCUGGGAUCUUCAAUCAUUCUGGAUUGAAUACAAGAACGACUUUCUGCUGACGCUGGGUGACACACCUACCGGCAACACUGCAACGACCUCAGCACCGAAGCGUCCUCAACUCGCACAAGCUCCCCCCGCGCCGAAACCUGCCGUCGUUGAGGAUAUACCCAAGCUUGAGUCUACGUCGAUCCACAAAGUGCUGGGCGAAGAGAACACAGCAUCUACAUACAGCAUACUAGUGGAGACCGACGUCUGCCGCACUGACAUCAUGCCAUUGAUGGAGGGUCACAAGGUGGAAGGUAUCGGCCUGUGUACCCCAUCCUGCUACGCGGAUAUCGGUUUCUCGAUAGGAACGUACAUCCUCAAGCGAUACAAGCCAUCGUUCCCAGAACGAAUUGUGGAUGUUGGGCACAUGGACAUCGAGAAGGCGUUGAUCGCAGCGAGCAGGGAGUCUCAUUUCUUGCGGACGUCGGUGAAGCUUGACUGGGCUUCGAAGAAUGCUAAGUGCCGGUUCUAUACUGUUGAUGAGAACGCCAAAGAGCUUGUACAACAUGCAACAUGCACCAUCAGCUUCCGCGACGAGGGCCGCUUCCGCGAGCUGACGAACAACAUGUCAUCUACAAAAGGCCGCUUUGAAGAGAUGCGAAGAGCCUGUGUCGAAGGCAAAACCUUCAGAUUCAACGGAGCCAUGGCAUACAACAUGGUGCAAUCCCUCGCCGACUUCCACAAGGACUAUCGAUGCAUCGACGAGACCAUUUACGACAAUGCCAACUACGAAGCGGCCUGCACAGUCAGUUUCGGACAGAUGAAGCACGGUGGUAAAUUUCACACUCAUCCUGGUGCUAUUGAUGGCCUUACUCAGUCGGGUGGCUUCAUCAUGAAUGCUAAUGAGAAUACCAACUUGGAGCAAGAAGUCUUCGUCAAUCAUGGUUGGGACUCGUUCCAGAUGUUUGAGCCCAUUCGACAUGAUCGCCAGUACAAAACCCUCGCUCGUAUGGCUCCAGCCGACAACAAGCAGUGGAAGGGUGAUAUUGUUGUCUGGUGUGAGGACAGAGUCGUUGCGUCGAUCAGAGGUUGCUGCUUACAAGGAGUUCCUCGUCGAGUGUUGAUGUUCAUCCUCAGAGCUGACAUGGGAAAGAAUAGCAAGGCGAAGGGACAAGCUGCCGCUCCGAAGCAGUCAAAGCCUGCUCCAACACCCAGCACUGCUCCAAAGGCACCAACCCCGGCACCAGUUGUUCAGCAGCCUGUGGUCGCACAGCAAAUUAUGCCACAGCCACAGCAGCAACUGGUACCAGCUCCUGCUGCUGCUGCACCAGCUGCUGGCUUCGAGACACGGGCCUUGGAGAUCAUCUCUGAACAAAGUGGCGUCGCCAUGUCUGAGCUCCAAGAUGACAACGCCUUGACCGAUAUUGGUGUCGACUCUCUGCUGACUCUCACUAUCACCGGUGCCUUUGCAGAUGAGUUCGAAAUCGACGCGGAUACCAAUUUCUUCGAAGACCAUCCUACGAUAGGCGAGGUCAAGCAGUUCUUUCGAUCGCUAGCCCCUGAACCAAACGCCGCGGCAGCACCACCUGCCACACAGAUGAUUCCUCCGCCUAUACAGGCACAAGCACCGGCGCCAAUUCAGUAUACGGCGCCAGUCAGUCUUCCAGUGCAGCCUAAGGUUGAAACCGUUGUGGAUUUCGCGCCUGCUGUGGAUGCGACAAGCAAUGCCACCUGGACCAAAGCCCUUGAGAUCAUCUCAGAGGAAAGUGGAAUCGCAGUAUCGGACCUCACCGAUGAGUUGAGUCUUGCAGAUGCAGGUGUCGACUCACUACUCUCGCUAGUCGUGAGUGGACGUCUGCAGGAGGAGCUUGGCCUGGAUUCGGACUCGGACUCUCUGCUAAACUCUUGCGAGACAAUUGGCGACUUGAAGCAGGCUCUGGGUGUUGAUGCUACCGCAGCAGCAGCGACUGUCCCGAUCACGCCUCACUCUUCGGCGCCGAUCCCUGUGAGCGGACCGUCAGUUUCAUUCGCAAUGCCUGCUGCUCCGUUUGUUCUGGAACAGCCACCCGCACCGAUCAGAGAGGUGCCCCAGCAGACGCAAGCAGCGCCACAACAGGCCUAUUUCGACGAGCCAAUGUCAGCACCAUCAGCUACUACAGCGAACGAGUCCGUAUGGCAACGAGCCUUGGAGAUCCUGUGUGAAGAGACACAAGUCGUCAUCCAAGACAUCGGAGACGAUACAUGCCUUGCCGACCUCGGCGUGGACUCUCUACUAUCCCUCGUCGUGUCUUCGAGGUUCAGAGACGAGCUCGACUUGGACCUGGGUGCUGACAACGAGCUGGUAAACUUCGCGACCGUGCGGGACUUGAAGAUGGCUCUCGUCUCAGAGGGUGAGGGCACCACCACACCGUCUGAGUCAUCAUCUUCUGGGUUCUCUUUGGUCGCUAGCACUCCAGGCUUCUCUGAGGCCUUCACUCCUGGCACUGAACUGGAUAUGGACUUCGACCAGGCGUUCAAGGCGGCGCAGCCGUCUUUCGUCCCCAGCGCGACUUCCGUCGUACUUCAAGGCAACUCCAAGGCUUCCACCAACACUUUGUUCCUGUUUCCUGAUGGCAGUGGCUCUGCAACUUCUUAUGUGCAGCUCCCACGCAUCGCAUCUGACCUCCUGGUGUACGGACUGAAUUCACCCUGGCUGAAGAACGCCGAAGAGAUGCCCGCCUCGUUCGAAGACCUGGUGACAUGCUUCCUCGCCGAAGUCCGCCGACGCCAACCUCACGGCCCUUACCACUUCGCAGGCUGGUCUGCCGGCGGCGCACUCGCAUUCCGAGCUGCUCAAAUGCUCAUCCAAGCGGGCGAGAAAGUCGACAGCCUCGUCCUCCUCGACGCCCCACCGCCCCUCGGACUCGGCGAACUCCCCCAACGCCUCUACGACUACUUCGAAUCCGUGGGCCUCUUCAAAUCCGACGGCAAGACGCCCAAAUGGCUCAUCCCACACUUCAAGGCCUUGACGAGGGCGCUACACACAUACCACGCAUCGCCCAUGCCCGCUGGAGCGAUCCCCAAGGUGAGAAUGCUCUGGGCUGGACGGAUUGUGCUCGAGACGAUCAACGCACCGCCUUUCCCCAAACAGCCGGGUGAUUCUGAGGAUAUCACGUUCUUGACGGAGUCGAGGAAGGAUUUCUCGGCGGGUGCGUGGGGGACAUUACUUCCUGGGAUGGAUGUUGUGGUGGAUAAGGUGGAGGAUGAUCAUUUUGGGAUGAUGCGUGGGAGGUGUACCUCGUAUAUUUCGUCGUUCAUUGCUGGGGCGCUAUAG